AUAACCAGUAGUACACCAUAUCCCCAGUGACGUCCAGAGUAUCAACUCACUUGAGCCACAAUUAACCCCCACAAUCAAAUCCCUGUGUCUCUCGCAUCUGUCGGUGUAUCGCACAUCAUGGCUCCCAUUUCCAAACGACGAAAGCUUUCAGACCUAACUUCAGGAGAUACAAACGAAUUGCUGAAUAAGAUAGAGGAAUUUCGUUCCAACCUUGAUGAAGGAGGCGAGGAUUUGCCUGAUGGUCUGAUCGAUAAACUCCGAGAACUGCGCGACAAAUUGGAAAACGUUAAGCACACCUCCUUCUCUGAGGUGGAUCCAAUAACGCUUGCUUCAUUGAAGAUAUCGUCUGGUCCACUUUUUCUGAUCAGCAACAAGCAGCAACAAAUCGAAGACCUUGGAUUGGCCGAAAUACCAGGCUGUCUUCUGAUUGAUACUACGCGAUCUCUGAUAAGUUUAGUGCGCGGCCACGUUGCAACGGUGACGGAAGCUGGAUGUCGCAUCUUGAUCAACAUACUCUUGUUGAGAGUUGUAUCGGUGUGUCCGGGUGUGAACAUAAUUCCAGAAUUCCCCAUCCCCAAAACGACAUUCAACCCAGAGUCUGGCAGAUGUUCGUUUAGUGGCGUUGUCGACUUCUUGGUGGCUAAAAUCCCCACUCAGUACACCGCAUACCUCCUGAGCAAUCCGAGCGUAGCACUGGGGUGUCCCGGAAACAUCAAGGAACCAAUAACGUCCAACAUCUUCGAAGCCAAGCGCGAUAAUAUUUGGGCCGGUCUAUCUUAAGCUACAGUUUUCUGCGGCUCCGUAUUGUCAAUUGCAGGGCUUAUUGUCAUCAGGGGUGUUAUCACCAGCGGAGAACAGUGGAUGUUCUUCGUGUACGAAAGGCACACAGAUGGUACUGGGCGAGUCCUAUAUUCUCCCGAAUACACUCUGGGACCGAAUCUCGAACAUCUAGCCUUCGUUCUUGGCCUCUUGCGGGAUUCG